AUGCAGAAUAGACCGGCGACCGUUGUAUCGUACGCAGCCGGAGCCUCUCUCGCUGCUGUCGCACUCAUCUAUGUGUUUGGCCCGACGUUUACGCUCGACGAUGACGCCAACUCGUCCCGGAAGAAGACCAUAGUUGGCCUGCGCAACCAAGCCAAUGACUGCUUCAUCAACUCGGUCCUCCAAGUCCUCGCCGGCCUCGACGACCUGCGAAUCUACCUCAUCCGCGAGACACACCGCCGGCGUAUCGAGAAUCCGGGCGUCUACACCUUUGUUGUCCAGCCGGAUGGGAAGAAGGUGCCUGAAUGGAAGCUACAAGGGCUCCAGGAGGGUUUGGUGACCCAGGGAUUGAAGGAGAUGUUGGAUGCGUUGAAUGAGCGGCCCAUCUACAAAAAGUCAAUCUCCCCCUUCCCCAUUGUUCGUGUUCUUGAAAUGGCGUUCAGACAAAAGAUUAGUCGGCAGCAGCAGGAUGCGCAGGAAUUUCUACAGAUUGUGGCCGAGAGGCUUAAGGAUGAGUAUCAUGCCGGUAGACGGGCGCGAAUGCACACACGCCGCUAUGGCUUGACGCCGAGUCCUUCCACCGUGGAGCUGAAGACGGCUGCAGAAAAGAAUGGCUCGAAUGCCGCCAGCGGAACCGAGGGCGAGAGCGAGGGAGAUGAAAAGGCCGGGACCGAAGAGCAGCCCAAGACCACGAAUGGAUCCAGUAGCAAUUCGAGCAUCGAAACGCCGGGAGACGAGCCUGCCAGCAUACCUCUGGAGCUUGAAGAUAACUUCCCAAUGGAAGGUAAAUACGAAUCGCAAUUACAGUGUCUGACUUGUCGAUACAAGUCGAAGCCGAGGGAGGAGACGUUUUGCACACUUACUUUGGCGGUGCCGCAGGUAUCCUCUACAUCGCUAAACAGCUGUUUUGAUGGAAUAUUCAAGACGGAGCAUAUUGACGAUUUCAAGUGCGAGAAUUGUAGGCUGCUUCAAACGAGGACGAAUCUUGAGCAUGAUAUGGCAAAGUCUACAUCCGAGACUUUUAAGGCACAGGCGAAAGAAAGCAUCGACAAGCUCACAGAGGCGAUUGAGACAGAUCCCGAGAGACCUCCGGAGGACGUGGAGCUCAGCGAUAUCCGGUUCGCGCCGAAGCGGAGGAUCGCAAAGACGACACGCAUGACUACGUUUCCCAAGAUUCUGGCCCUGCAUCUCUCUCGAUCCAUCUAUGGAGUCGGCCAGAUGACCCAGAAGAACUCGGCCAAGGUUUCGUUCCCUGAGCAUUUAUCUUUGGGAGGAUUGGCCCAGCAACACAAAUACAAGUUACUGGGAGUGGUGACGCACAGGGGCGGACACAACAGUGGGCACUACGAAGCGUUCAGACGCCAGAAUCAGCCACGGCCCCCGUUCGCCAAUAUCAAUACGUUCCAGCCUUCAGAGGUCUACAGCAAAACUCCCACGCCGGCGGCGACCCCGAAAAUCCAGGCAAAGCGGGUGGCGGCCAGCCCUGCAGUGUCCACCCCUGAUCUCCUUUCCUCGUCGUCCCUGAACAACUCAUCUACCCCUUCAUUGGAAUCGAUGGUCGCAGCAGCACCGAGGAGCAUACCGCAGGAGCCGGCACUAGCCGUGGCAGUAAAUGGCAAGGAUGGGUCAGACAAGGAAAAGGAUGGUGAUUCGAGCAGCAUCCGUUCGGCAAUGGCGUCCACCAAAUCCGCGCUCUCGCGAAUUGCCUCCCCUAAAUCAAAGGACGACGGUGGGUUGCUGUCGCCGAAGUCCGGAAUCCAGCCCCCACGGAGACGUAAGCACGGUCCCGAGAAGUGGUGGCGUGUGAGCGACGAGAAGGUGCGGGAGUCGAAGACGAGCGAGGUCCUGGGAAUGCAAAAAGAGGUCUACCUCCUGUUCUACGAACUGGAGAAAUAG